AUGGCCUCCGCCAACACCCUCCGAUGCCUUAUGAGGCCAACCAUUCCCCGGGCUCCUCGAAUUCAACCCGUUUUGCUCGCUCCCUUCUCGACCACGAGCUCGGUUCUGGCCGUAUCAGCUCCCCCGCCAAUUAAGAGCCGAAGAGAUCUUCCCCAGAAGGUUAAGAAGUCGUACAAGAAGCGUGCCAAUGUGGCGCCUGUCCGAAAACCUCAGCCCGGCGAGCGCAAGGCCUUCCGAAAGCGCAUCCAGCUCAGCAACAACAGUGCCCUGCCCGUCCAAGGUCUCGAAACUUUGAAUGCUACCAACAUGACCGAUGACUCGAGUGCUGGAAAGGUCUUUGCUAUGCCUGAUCAGGUGGUGGAUCAUCUGCGUGCCCUCGAGGCUUUUAAGACGACACAAACAUGGAACUUGUUCCGAAAACCCCACGUUCUGCUGCGCAAGGAGACAUUGGAGCUGAUGAAGAAGCUUGAGCUGUCAGUUAAGGAGAAGAAGGCUCUCAAGUGCGUGUUGACGGGAAGCAAGUUGUCCGGAAAGAGUAUGGCCAUGCUCCAAGCUAUGUCUUAUGCUCUUCUUAACAACUGGGUGGUAUUCCACAUUCCCGAAGGCCAAGACUUGACCAACGGCAACACGGAAUACUCUCCUAUUCCAGAUACUGAGCCACCACAGUUCUCUCAGCCCAUUUACUGCCUCAAGAUGAUCCAGAGCCUCUACAGGGCCAACCGUGUUAUUCUUGAGAAGCUCAACAUUGAGCAGGACUGGUCCAAGUUUACCAACCUGAAGAAGGGCGCCACUCUGGCCGACCUGGCCCUCAGCGCAAAGGAAGCUGAAUACGCCUGGCCAACCCUUCUGGCCCUCUGGACAGAACUCACUCUGCCUGGCCGACCCCCCGUGCUCUUCGCCCUCGACGGUCUUGCCCACAUCAACAAGAUCAGCGAUUACCGAGACGCUGCCUUCAAACAGGUUCAUGCUCAUGAGCUGACGCUGGUGCGUCUUUUCAUCGAUGCUUUGUCUGGCAAGGCUGCUCUACCCAACGGUGGUGCCGUCAUCGCCGCCACCUCCGAGAACAACAGUCACCACCACCCUUCACAAGAGCUUGUUCUAUCCCAGCUUGAGGCUGGACAAGCUGGCCGUGAGGUUCCCAAGCCCAAUCCCUAUGAGCGCAAGUAUGACGAGCGUGUGUACGACGCCCUUAAGAACAGCUGGGUUCUCCGCCUUGAGGGUGUAAGCAAGGAUGAGGCUCGCUCGUUGAUGGAGUAUUGGGGUGCGAGCGGACUCUUCCGCCAUGUGCUGAACUCACGGACAGUCUCUGAAAAGUGGACAGUGGGAGGCCAUGGUAAUGUUGGUGAGAUGGAGCGUGCGUCGUUGAUGCAAAUGAGACUGUAA